AUGCUCGCGGCCGUCGCCGCUGUCGCCAACCGCGGCAUCUGCGGCCUUCAAACGCACCUUCCAUUCCUGAUCGCCCAGCCAGCCCCCGCGCAGGAUAACAACUUUGCCGCUGCUCCUCUACUCCUCCUCCUCCUCUUCUUCUUCUUCCUCCGCCUCCUCCGCCUCCUCCUCCAUCCCAUUACUCUCGAGCCAACGCAAAUCAUCCCGCUGUGCCGCCGAUCCUGCCAUCGCCGGACUGACGCUGCCGACGUGGCCAUGAUGCUUCUACGCCUCUGGUAUUCGGCCCUCUUCCUGGCCUCCUCGGUCAGGGCAGCUUCCGCCGCCGUCGGCCUCGCUGGCUUCCGCGAUUCGAUCCGCAGUCUUGGUGGUGAAACCAAUGCCGGCGUCGACGCCGACGCCGACGCCGACGCCGCCCCUGCGGAGCCUCUGCGCUGCUUCGAGGUCAGGAGUCCGGUCUUGACGCACCUGGGCCUCGUCAUCGACGACAGGACCAUCGAGCCCGACAUCCCCAGCUACCACCAUCCCUUUUGUCACCAGACUCUCAUGGUGCACGUCUUCGGCAACAGCUACGGCCAGCCGUUCGUGGCCGACUACAAGCCGCCUCCCGGCUGCCCCUUCCGCAAGGUGCUGAUCAAGCUGGACGUCGUCUCCGAAGGCCGCCAGUUCGAUCGCCUCGCCACCAUGUGGCUCGGCGACGUCGAGGUCUGGCGAACGUCGACGGCCGAGCCCAAGCCCCGCCCCGGCAUCGCCUGGACCUACUGGAAGGACAUGUCCCACUACCUUGCCCUCUGGAUGGAGCCCCAGAAGCUCAUCUUCGACCUCGGCAACCUGAUCAACGAGCGGUACACGGGCCACUUCAACGCGACCCUCACGGCCUACUUUUCGGCCGAGGGUCCCGUCGGCCCGCACGCAAGGCCGGCAAACGUCGUGCUGCCCAUCUCGGCCCGUCGCAGUCACGAAGGAAAGCCCAGCGCGUUUACCUACCCGGACGAGAAUGCCGAGGCCAGGCUGACGCUGCCACGAAACAUCCAGCGCGCCGUCGUGUCCAUAUCCGCCAACGGCCAGGCGGGCGAGGAGUUUUGGUGGUCCAACGUACCCAACGAGGGCGCCGACACCUUUGCCAACGUCACGCUGCAGACGGGCGGCAGCUUCCGCGAGGUGAGGCUCCUCAUCGACGGCCGGCUGGCCGGCCUGUCCUGGCCCUUCCCCGUCAUCUUCACCGGCGGCAUCUCGCCGCCGCUGCACCGGCCGAUGGUCGGCAUCGACGCCUUCAACCUCCGCGAGCAGGAGAUCGACGUGACGCCCUGGCUCGGCCUCCUCGCCGACGGGUUUGAGCACAAGUUCAGCUUGCAGGUCGUCGGCCAAGGCGAGAAGGUCGUCGCCCGCUACUGGAUCGUGUCCGCCAAGCUGUUCCUCUGGCUCUCCAAUGGCUCUCGCCCGUCGUCCGGCAGCAUGCCCAAGGUGAGGCUCGUCCGGGACAACUACCGGCCGGGCGUCGUCUCCACGGCCAACAGCCAGCUUCUGUACAACCAAACCAUCACGCGCUACUUGGAGGUCACGUCGCGCGUCUCGAGGCCGUCGGGCACGGCCGAGUUGACGUGGAAGCAGGGCAUGGAGAUGUCCAACGUCGGUCUCGUCCGGGAAAUGGGAAACCACCAGCAAGUCAUGGCCAGCUACCGGGGAGAGGACAAGUCCACGGAUGAUUCCGUGCCGAUUUACUACUCAUCCUACAAGUACCCUCUGGCGACGAGCUACCGGUCGAGGUCGCCCGACGGCCCCUACAGCCUGACGCUGGACGCGAACCUCACCCAAGGGCAGGAGCGGGUCAUCACGGGCCUCGCCGUCUUCCCCACCGGCCUCGAGGCCUUCUCGCGAGCGCUCGGCCAGUCGCAGAAGAGGGGCAUCGACCUGAGGACGGCGCGCAACGGACGGGCCUUCUUCUACCAACGCGACGGAGGGAAGAGCAGCGGCGGCUUCGGCAGCAUGCGGCAGCAGUUCGAGUUCGGCGGCCGCUACUACGAUGCCCAGACGCCCGUCUUCAAGCCCAACCCGAUCCUGUUCAGCCGAGAGGUGGCGGUGGUGAACGAGACGACGACGGUGGACAGGAUAUACCUGUGGAACUCAACGGCGCAGCCGGAGAGUUACGAGUCGAAGCCGAUGCCCAUGGCUGACGAGGACUCUUUCGCCGGCGUGCCGACGCACCUCGCCGAAGGCGGCGUUUCGUCCAUCGCCUCUGGGGACCCCUUGCGAAGCCAAGCCAAGGCUCUCGUGCGACAGCGACGAGGGGCCGCCAACGAACGGCAUCCCGACACCGCUUGA